UUGUGGGGGUGAUGUUAGAGGAGAGGAAGAGAGCAAAUGGGGAAGCCCUCUCUCUCACUACGACUGACAAUCUUCCUCUCCCUCUCUCUCACUGCUUCCUACUCCAUCUCAGCCUCUUCAUCUUCCCCAAUCUUUCCACGACGAUCUUCUCCAAACCCUUCUCUCAAAGCCACUCCUUCGGACCUGCUCUCUCUGCUGGGCCCCAAGUCCCACUCUUCGUCCGUUGACCCCAUUGUUGCCCAAGAACUCACUUCCUGCUUCAGAUUCCUCGUACCCUUUUCGCCAAUUGCCAAGAAAAAUUGCCCGCCAAGUUAUUUGAAUCGGAAAUUCUUGAGCUUGAAGCAAAAGGGUGGUGAUUUGUGUCAGCGGGAGGAGAAUGAGCUCGUUUGGUGGCCGCCUCGGCCGGUUUUGGAGCUGGCUCGCCUGGCUGUUGACUCCGGCGGAGACCCGGCUGCGAUUCAACGCGCUUUGGAUCCGACUAUGGUCACUGUGCCUGAUGUUGAAGGAUCGAAAGAGGACAGAUGCGAGCUUACUAGAACUCCGUAUGGGAGACGAUUCAUAAGUGAGGAGUUGAAUUCAUAUCUUGAAUUUUUGUUUGAACUUAUUCUUGCUCGGGGUCCCGAUAUUGGAUUGAACGUGUCGUUGAGUCGCUAUGAUUUAUUCCAUGGACACCUUUUUCUUGCCAUAGACAGUGGAAGACUUGGUAUAUUGUUCCAUGCUAAAGAAUACCCUGCAUAUGACAAGGAAGUAUUUCCAUACAACAUGGGAUACUGUCAAGUAGGGUCGAAUGUGACUUAUGAUGAUUCAAUGAACUUGCGAAACAUCCUCUGGCUUGCUCCAUUGCCAAGCGAUUCAACUAAAGCUUGGGCAGCACCAGGUGUCCUUGUAGCGCUGGAUGCCCGUCCAGAUGGAAUCAUAUAUAGAGAUCUCAUACCCGAAUAUGUAAAUAUUGCAAGGACUAUAUACGAAGACGAUCUUGGGGAAGUUGCAGUUGAUGUGAACUACUUGGAUGUUGGGAAUGCGGGGUCAAAGUUUAAAAUUUUUAUUUGCUGAUGCUCGUUUCAAGGUUCAUGCCAUAUCCUUUCCCAUCAUCGACUAGUCUAUUACGCAACAACGCCAAGUAACCAUGUACAGAAUCUCUCUUCGUUUGUACCUAUUAGUCUAUAAGUUUUCCUUGGUCGUUUUCUGUUCAUCCAGAUUGAUGAAAUGAGCUUCUAGUUUCCUUUCGGGCCAGUUGCAGAUUAUGUAUCAAGGGUGAUCCUCAAACGAGAGAGGGGCGAUGUAUGCUGGCCAGGAUGAUUCCUUUGGUGCUUGCAGAAAGUAGGAUCCGGGAAUGCGAAAGAGAUUGCUUUGGUUUAUUCUGGUGGCAGAUUGCGAGGCAAGCAAACCGAUUUCGCGAGGGAUGUGAUCGGCAAAGAAUGUGUAUUACUAUUUAAUUGCUUGUUUAACAAGACAUUCGGGGGGCCAUGAAUGAAAUCACUUCAAGUAUUUGUUAGCAAACAUUGUCCCUCACCGAUGUGGGACAACUCUCAACAUUUGUUACGAGGUUGAAACUUGGAAUUGAAUGAUAAAUUAGAGUUAUCUGCAUUGUUGGACAAUUACAUUGCAAACUGUUUUGGAGUUUUAA